AUGGAGAGGAAACUUUCGUCGCCAAUGACGCCCACAUUCAUAGUGUCUGCACCAAGAAAAGUCAUUGUCUUUGGUAAACAUGCUGCCGUAUACAACAAGCCAGCCAUUGCCGCAGCCAUCUCUCUCAGAUCAUAUCUGCUCGUCACGACCCUCUCCAAGUCCCAACGCACAGUCAAGUUAAAUUUCAGAGACAUUGGCUUGAAUCACACAUGGAAAAUCGACACUCUACCAUGGAAUAUUUUCCAUCAAACUGCCCAGAAAAGGUUCCAUUACUCCCUCGUCAACUUCCUUGACCCCGAACUACUCGACGCCAUUAUACCGCAUGCAGAGGCCGUGUCCAAGGACCUUCCAGAGAAGCAGCGAAAAAUCCAUGUACGAUCUGCGACCGCCUUCCUCUAUCUCUUUCUCUCCUUAGGCUCCCCGGAAAGCCCUGGGUUCAUCUACACUCUUCGAUCCACCAUUCCAACUGGCUCUGGUCUGGGUAGCAGUGCUAGUGUUUGCGUCUGCUUGAGUGCAGCGCUGCUCCUUCAGAUACGCAACCUUACAGGACCUCAUCCUAAUCAGCUUCCGGAGGAAGCAGAGGUCCAAAUUGAGCGGAUUAAUCGCUCGGCAUUCGUGGGCAAGUUGUGCAUACACGGAGAUCCUAGUGGAGUGGACAAUGUAGUCUCUGCGGGUGGAAAAGCAGUGGUUUUCCAAAGAAACAACUCCGGGCCACCAUCCGUCACUCCUCUUACCACGUUCCCGAAACUACCACUCCUUCUCGUUGACACGCAACAACCGCGCUCAACAGCUACGGAGGUGGAGAAAGUAAGGACAUUAAAACAGCGCAUCCGUGAGCUCGUGGAUUAUGCGGAUAUCGGUUGGACAAAACUCACAGGUGCCGGCGGUGGUGGAUGUGCUAUCACGCUCUUCCGACCAGACGUCAAAGAUGAAACUAUGGAAGAGCUAGAGCGGAAGUUUACCGCAGAAGGAUUUCAGAAAUAUCAGACUGUCUUAGGUGCUGAUGGAGUUGGAGUACUUUGGCCCGCCGUAUUCCGAAACGGCACCGAUGCAGAGGGUGGCGAAGAGAUCGAUCAGGAAAAAUUCGAGAAUGCUGUCGGUGUCCAGGGUAUCGAACAACUGGUCGGGGUGGAAGUGCAGGAAAAUAGGAAAGGAUGGAAGUUCUGGACGCGAGCUGUUGUCUGA